UGUAACUUUCGUCGCUUGCUUGCGUCACGUGGUUUACGAAACGUAUUUUCCACAUCAUGUCUUACAAGUCUGAUGCUAUGAAUGAUUGUCGAAUUUAUGUCGGUAAUUUACCACCAGAUAUAAGAAGCCGAGAUAUUGAUGAUCUCUUUUAUAAAUAUGGCAAAAUAAACUAUAUUGACUUGAAGAAUCAGCGUGGUCCGCCAUUUGCAUUUGUAGAAUUUGAUGACUCCCGGGAUGCCAAGGACGCAGUUCGGGGAAGAGAUGGAUAUGACUUUGAUGGAUAUGCGAUCCGAGUUGAAUUCUCACGAGGUUCAAGAGACUCACGCGGUGGGGGAGGCGGCUAUCGGUCAGGUGGUGGUCGAGGGUAUGGAAGAGGGGGUGGAGGAAGGAGACCAGGAGGAGGAAGCGGAGGCGGUGGUGGAGGCGGCGGCGGCGGCGGCGGCGGAGGCGGUGGUGGUGGUGGUGGUCGAGGUGGACCUCGACGAUCAGAUUACCGCGUCGUCGUUACAGGUCUUCCACCAACAGGCUCAUGGCAAGAUUUAAAAGAUCAUAUGCGGGAAGCAGGAGAUAUUUGUUUUGCUGAUGUCUUCAAAGAUUGCACAGGAAUCGUAGAAUUCCUACGACAUGAUGAUAUGAAAUAUGCUGUUAAAAAAUUGGAUGAUUCCAAAUUUAGAUCCCAUGAAGGCGAAACAGCAUAUAUUCAAGUAAAGGAAGAUAGUAGCCGCUCUGGAAAAGACUAUCGUAGAUCGCGCAGUCAAACCCCUGAUCGCCGUGGUAGGGAAAGCCCAAGUUAUUCACCAAUGCGUCGUUCUCGAUCGCCGAAUUACUGA